AGUGACUGCAAAUAGCAUUAUUCAAAAAUUAGUUUAUGCCCAAUAUAUAAAUAAAACCAAUUCCCUGGCUUGCAAUGCAUACGUGCAUCAACUAAGGCCAGGAAAUUGUCCAUGGCUCUGACAAAAGUUGAGAAUUUGAGACCAACAAAGAAGGAAAUCAACAGGGGAGCAUGGACGCCAGAAGAGGAUCAGAAACUGGCGGAAGCCGUCGAAAUCCACGGCCCAAAGCUGUGGAAGGCCAUUGCCACCACCACAGGACUGAAUCGGUGUGGCAAGAGUUGCAGGCUGAGAUGGAUGAAUUAUCUUAGACCAAACAUCAAGAGAGGAAGUAUGUCCGACCAAGAGGAGGAUUUGAUUCUCAGGCUUCACAAACUUCUAGGAAACAGAUGGUCGUUGAUUGCGGGAAGAUUACCAGGUCGAAUGGACAAUGAGAUCAAGAAUUACUGGAAAUCCCAUUUGAGCAAGAAGAUUGAUAAGUCAAAUGAAGGGAUUUCAAGUAAAGAAGAAGACUCUACGAGUGAAGAGCUAAUGAGAGAAAAGAUUAACUCAUCUAACUUCAAUGUUACUGGUUCUGAUGAGGACUCAAAAAUCAGCUUUGAUUUGGAUGAUUUUUUUGAUUUUUCCAAUGAGAAUCCUUCAACAUUAGAAUGGGUCGGCAAAUUUGUUGAAUUUGGCGGAGUUGAUUAAUUUGUGUUCAAGGAGUUGACGAUAUAUUUAACAUAGUUUGAAGGUCGUCAGUUUGUAAAAUAGCAAAAAUACUUUGAUCAUCAAAUUAGCUUGGAUGUCAUAGUCCAGUUUGUAAAUUACUUCUUGCUGAAUUAUGGACAGCAAAGCAAUCUAUAAACUCUCUCUCUUUCA